GAGCGCAGCUGCCCUGUUCAGGAAGGGAGGAACUACAAGCAGACGAAUAAAUAUGCGCACAAACCUCUUGUCUGCAAAUGUCUAAGAGAAACAACAAUACUAUCCAUUACGAGGAUUGUUGCAAGUGUUCUGUUACUUAUUAAAAACGCCUAGACGACGAAUAAUUUCACCGUAGAAAUAAGAGAAAUAUAAAAUGGCUAGCAGGUGAAAAUUGGUAUGCUGUGGCCACAAUGUCAAAAAAAGAAGAUUCAGGAGCAAAGAAAGGUUCCCACCAAACUGAACUUUACACAGAGGUCCCUGAGACAUGCCUGCCUAUUGUCUAUUCCCCAGAGUACAACAUCACCUUCAUGGGUCUGGAAAAGCUACAUCCCUUUGACGCUGGCAAAUGGGGCAAGGUCAUUCGCUUCUUAAAAGAGGAGCAGUUCAUCACCGAUGAGAUCAUUGUUCUAGCCAGGGAGGCCAGUGAGGCGGAUCUUCUUGUCGUUCACACUGCGCGUUACCUGAACAGACUCAAGAACGCUAUCUUGGAGGGCUCCAGAGAGUGGUCACUGGUGGUUGCCACCAUCACAGAAAUCCCACCUGUCCUGUUCCUGCCCAACUUCCUGGUACAGCGCAAAGUUCUAAAACCUUUGCGGACACAAACGGGAGGAACCAUUAUGGCUGGAAAGCUUGCAAUGGAUCGAGGAUGGGCAAUAAAUGUGGGAGGAGGCUUCCACCACUGCUCCAGUGACAAAGGAGGAGGUUUUUGUGCCUACGCUGACAUCACGCUAGCGAUAAAGUUUCUCUUUGAGAGGGUGGAAGGAGUUGCCAGGGCCACCAUCAUCGAUUUAGACGCCCAUCAGGGAAAUGGCCACGAGCGGGAUUUCCUGGAAGACAGGCGCGUUUACAUAAUGGAUGUCUAUAAUCGCCACAUCUAUCCAGGAGAUGGAUAUGCAAAGAGGGCGAUUAAACGAAAAGUGGAGCUGGAAUGGGGCACAGAAGACAUGGAAUAUCUACAGAAAGUGGAGCUCCAUUCAGAAGGGGCGCUGAAUGAAAUACGGCCUGACAUCAUCAUAUACAAUGCAGGCACGGACAUUCUUGAUGGAGACCCUCUUGGAGGGCUGGCUAUAUCCCCACAGGGUAUCAUAAAGCGAGAUGAGAUCAUCUUCAGGGCAGCCCGGCGACGAGGAAUCCCCAUCCUCAUGGUGACAUCAGGGGGCUACCAGAAGAAAACUGCCCGCAUCAUUGCUGAUUCCAUACUGAAUCUGCACAGACAGGGCUUGAUUGGUGAAGAGGCUGUAGAGGGUGCAGGACCCUCACAUGUACCGCUCAUGAUGAGCAAAUCUGUGUCAUCGGGGGCCACGUUCAGUGCCGUUUAAACUCUCCUGAUCUUGGACCUUUCAAGUGUGUCAAACACACUGUUCAUUUAUCUAAUGCAAACAUUUAGAACUAAUAUCUAAUGUUUUGGUCAGGGAUCUAAUGAUUUGGUGGUUUGGACCGAGAUUGACUCAGGAUAGUUUUUGUAGUUCAUUGAUUUGAACUAUUUAACUCGUAUGAUGCAUUUUUAUGUGAUAGUUUUGGAGUGAAAUUUUGAAAUUGGGUUAUAUUUUUUAUUUUUUACCAUAAUUUCUUAAGGGUAUUUUAUGCAAUGCUUGUUUGCACAUUAAAUUUUCAAAGGAAUGUUUUACCCAAAAUAAAUUCCGUCAGCAUUU